AUGGGACCACCAAACACAUAUACGGGUUAUAAAGAAUGUGUAAGUGCUAACCCUAGAUCUAAAACAAAUAACUCAGAUGUUAUUUCAACCCUAAACCUUACACGAAUUGAGAGAGGUUUAACCCUACAGCAACAACUUUCUGAUUUUGAGGAUAGCAGUGAUGAUGAUUACAGUUGCGGUGAUGAGGAUGAAUAUGAGCAUGAUUCUGAUUUGUUUGCAGAAAAUAUAGUUUAUGGUCUCGAUGAUGUGUUUAUAGCAAGCUAUCCUACAUUCAAUCCUGAGGUUGAUUUUAAGGGUAAGAUCAUUUUGUCUUUAGGCCUUAAGUUUCCUUCUACAUAUGUCUUUAGAAAAGCGUUAAGGUACCAUGCUAUUGAAUGUGGUUACAAUUAUUAUUACCUGCAUAAUGGUAGAAAUAGGAUAACUGUGUAUUGCUACAAUAGAUGCGAUUGCGUGAAAUCGAAAAGUAGAAUUGUGAACUGUGUUUGUGGGAACGAUAAGAAGUGUUGUUUUAAGGUUCAUGCUGAUUGGAGGGAAAAUCCAAAUUGGGAAUUAAAGGCAUUUAAGAAACGGGUAAACAGGGAGUUAGGUUGUGAAGUGAAAUACUCUAAUGAAGAGUAUAGCAGGGUGUGGGAUUAUGCGGAAGCAAUAAGGAGGUAUAACCCUGGAAGCACUGCAAUCGUCAAAUGCAUCGGAAUAGAGACACCUCCACCCUUGUUUCAAAGGAUGUAUAUAUGUUUGCCAGUAUGUAAGGAGGGUUUUGUUGCUGGCUGUAGGCCUAUUAUAUGUGUUGAUGGGGCGCAUUUGAAGGGACAAUUCCCUAGGGUUUUGCUUACCGCUGUAGGUAAGGAUGGGAACAAUAACAUCUUCCCUGUUGCAUGGGCUGUCGUCGAAACAGAAAACGUAGAAUCUUGGACUUGGUUUCUAAAUCUCCUUGUAGAAGACCUAAAGUCGGUUAGUUCAUCAAGUAGUUGGGUACAAGCAGGAUGUGAAGAUUUUACCUUCAUGAGCGAUAGGCAAAAGGGUUUGAUUGAAGCUUUGAACGCAGUGAUUCCUGAAGCCGAAAUUAGGUUCUGCUGUAGGCAUAUAUGGGCUAACUUUAAGAUCAAGUUCCCUGGAGAGUUGUACAAGCAUCACUUUUGGAGAGCAGCAAGAGCUUACAACAAGGUAUGGAUGUGUAAUAAUUCAACAUAUGAAUAUCUAGCUGCUAAAACUGCUAAACACUGGUCUAGGCAUGCUUUUCCUAUUAGGAGUAAGUCUGGGAUGUUGUUAAAUAAUUGUUGUGAGUCAUUCAAUAAUGUGUUAGUAGAAGCUAGGGGGAAGCCCAUUAUUUCUCUUAUGGAGUGGAUUAGGAGAUAUGUGAUGCAAAGGAGUGCAGCCAAAAGAGAAGGGUUGGGUAACUUUAAAGGUGUGUUGAUGCCAGCUAUCUCCAAAAUGAUUGAAAAAAAUUCAAAGGACAUAUAUGGUUUGAGAGUAAUCCCAGUGGAUGUGUCUGAGUUUGAGGUGGAUGAUGAUGAAAAAAGUUACGUUGUGAACUUGACCAAUAAGACAUGCCUUUGUGAAAGUUGGAAUCUUGGGAUCCCUUGCAAACAUGCCAUGGUUUGUAUUUGUAUUAGAAAAUUGGAUGCUAGUGAAUUUGUCCAUGAGGCGUAUCUUGUAGAAACGUAUGCAAAGACGUAUGCUCCUAAGUUUUAUGGUAAAGGAGGUAACAAGCCUGUAAAUGCUGUUCGAGAAUUCAAGCAACGAAGAUGUGGUAAUUGCGGUGACUUAGGCCACAACAAAAGAAGAUGCAAGAAUCCAGCAAAACCACAUCCAACAGGGACGAAGUCAAAGGGUAGAAGGCCUAAAAUGGGAAGUUCUUACACCAGCAGUCAACAAACGCAAACCGCAACAGCAGCAUCCACUUCAUGUAUAGUGGAUCAACAAAGUCAAAUAUAG